AUGUCAAACUUCCAGAUAUCCUGCGAUCUGCUACGCAUCGUCACACCGGCCUUGGAUAAAAUCUACGCAAUAUCAAGCUCCAUUUCCUUUGAAGAAAAGGAGGACCAAGUAACAAAGACACACGUUGCUAUGUCUGAGUUCUACAACAAUAUACCCAGCCCUCUCAGGGUACCAUCCGCCGCGACCAAGCAAGUACCACCACAUGUUUACCAAUUCAACUUAUUGUAUCAAGCGUUGAAGAUCAUGCUUCAUCGUCCAUUCAUUCGUGGUAGUCCGUCAAUGGAAUCCCUACACAGUUUGCAGAACUCACACCUGGUUCAUCUUCAAUCAGCUACAUUUUCUGCUAUUCGAGUUUCAUAUGUCAUUAACUCUUUUAGAAACUUUUACCCUUUACGUCGAUUGUCUCCCAUUGCUGUCGAAGGUCUAGUGAUGGCCUCACAUAUUCACCUUUUCAACUCAAAAUCCAGCGAUGAAAUGUUGGCUCGGCGAUCAAACAACCUAUACAGCCUGAAUCUGCAUAUCCUCAAUCUGAUGACCCCACCUGGAAAAGAAAGCAGCCGGGCAGUCGAGGUGCUUACAUCACUUGCACAAGAAUCCGGAAUAUCCACAGCGUCUGAUCCGGCAGAGAACCUCGCACCAAGAAGUGUAGUUGAACCUCAGGAAAAUGGCUCGGGGGGCAUAUCUCACCAAAUCCAAGCUGUUUCAUCUGUCAUAAGCGAUUCGAAUACGGCAGUGGAACUCGAGGAACCAAGCACCGUGCCGGAUGACUCGCCUCAUCCAGAGUCAUAUUUUGACUGGCUUGAUCUUCCACUGAGUGAUCAGCUACUUUUUGAUGGCGCUUUUUCCGAUGUUUUGUGCAAUGAUCCUUGUGAUCAGGGCCAUGAGUAUUGCGGGAUUACAAACAGUACUUUCUGA